CCUCGUCAAUUGACGCCCGAUCUUUCAGCCGGCCACGCGAAGUCAGGCAGUCCCUGAGUACACGUCGUGGCGUAAGGACCGCGCGCGGUUUCGAUUCUUAACUUAUAUCACCUCUUGUCAGUCAAAGCAUCCCCUCGUACUUGUCUUCUCGCAAAAGGCGCGGUGACCUCCGUGGUCCCAUUUCUGUGCCCAAAAAACAGUGAUUUUCCUCACAAAAAAAGAAUCCUUCUCACGUCUGGCCUCGAUGCUGCUGAAUCUGUGCAUUUUCACUCAGCUUCACUAGCCAACAAAACAUAGCGAAGAAUCCCUUUCUCCUAUCACCCUUCAUUCAAUGCUGUAAAAAAAUCAUUCAAACCAUCUUCGGGACAUUAAAGUUUUAACCAAAGUUCGGGACAUUUAGAAGAAAAAAAGCGAAGAAUACAAUUUAACUUGGUAGUUGUGAAGUGUUUUGUGAAGGAGUUUUCGUUUUUAAAGGAGCAAAAUUCUCUCGCAUAUAUGUGUGUUCAUCUAUAUUUGGUAUUUUAGCUUGCUUGCGGCAACUAUAUAGAGAACCUCUGUGUAUUUGUUCUUUGUUGUUGGUGGUUAUAAAGCUAAAAGCUUCUACUAUAAGUGUUUUGUAGUGACAAAGUGCAAAAAGGAAGCUCAAAGACAGUUCUUGUAGUGAAGAUUAAUGCCAAGUUCAGGGAGAAAUCCUUCGGGGGAGAGAGCUUACUUCAUUCACAAAAAUCCUCCACAAAAUUAAUGGACAGCAAAAGCACGAACUAAACAAAAAAGAAAUAAAAUUUAAUCACUAAAAAAAAGAUUUGCUCAAUUAAAAAGAAAAACAAAUAAAAAAUGACGAUAUAUAUGUGCUAAAAAUGUGUGUGUGUUAAAUAAAGUGUCUGAGUGUGUAGAGAUUAUUAAAAAAAAAUAAAAAUAAAAAAAAUCUCAUUGGAGUGUUGUAGAAAACCUUUAGAGCGUCCAUUCCUUGUUGUGAGUGUAAAGUUUUUUAACAAUAAAUCUUCGUGGUUUAGUGAUGACGUCAUGAGAGCCCUCUUCGAUUGGCGCUUUUGGAUACUAUUUUGCAUAUAUUUUGCCCAACAAUGCAUUCUUGGCGACAGCAACGUGAACCCACAGCGACACAGUGGACAGCAAAUGGUAGCCGUACGAGCUGACACGGACCUUGGUCGAGUAUCAUCCUCGCGGAUUGGGGCUGAUACGCGGCCGAAGAUUGAUUUCUCACCCAGCGGCUACUUCCGUCGUCGCGCCCGACGACGUUCCGUAAUGAAAUUGAGGCGCUUUGAACGAGAAGCCGGCCUCAAUGGCACAGUGGCGCCACAUCUACAGGUGGUAGCACCCCCUCUGGACACAGCAGCCACGAGGCCACCUAGUACGAAUAAACCCACGAGAGUGGAUAAAAGUGUUCACUCAACCUCAUCGAAUGGCGCACCUGCUUCAUCCGAUGGUAACAAACGUGAUAGUAGUGAUAAGGAAAGAAUUAGCACAAGUUCCAUUUACUCUUCCAUCUCUUCCGCCACCACAACUACCACCACUGCCACUAUUUCCGCCACACCUGGCUCACAUGUCGCCAAUACGACCAAGCCCCACCAUAGGGCGGCCGAUGUGAGCAUAGAAGCCGGUGGGGUCAUCGAUGAGGGCGAACAGAUCAUCAUAAUUGCCGGCGAUGGCGGCGAAGAGGUGGUCGAUGUGGUCGCCGAAGAUGCCAAGGAGAAGCUUCAGGAGCGCAAUGUGGACGCCUUCCUGAGUGACGAACCCAAAGCCCUACCAUUGAGACCCAUUAUUCGGGGUCCAUUUGACGAUGAGCACCAAGGUGAGGUGUCCAUUGUCUAUGCGGAGCAACAUUCCGAAGUAAAGGUCAAUUGUGAGGUUGACAUGGACAUUGUUAGCAGUAUUUGGUCUCGCGAUGACCAGAUAGUGCACACAAUGGACAGAAAUUCUCGGCCGACGAACGAUUAUCGUUUCAUAAGAGAGCCCAGAGGCGGAUUAACAAUUACGAAUGUUAUGCUGGAAGACGAUGGCAAGUGGCAGUGUGAGGCGAAAAAUGCCAGAGGAUACGUAGAGAACGCCCGACCAGUUAAGCUGGUCGUUUUAGACCGUCCAAAACCACCCUAUUUACUGAUUGACUCCCGUCGCCUCGACGCUGGGAAUAUUUUUGUACCUGUAAAGGAGAAUUCAGAGCUGAGUCUAGCCUGCGUCAGCGAAGGUGGUAACCCCAAGCCUGUCCUCACGUGGGAGAUCCUCCUGAGUCCUGGUGUGGAUCGGCACGCCCAGAAAGUAACGGCUGAACUUACGCAGCUGCAGGAAGUUAAAAAUGACAAAGAUAGGGAACCCUACAGAAUUAACAGUGGUGCCAUUUCGGAAGCCAAAUUACCAACUGUCUAUCGGGCACAUCACAAUGCACGCAUUUUGUGUGUUAUGGAACAUCCCACCUUGAAGAUGCGACUGAAUGCCUCACUUCUCCUAGAUGUACAAUAUACACCAUCAUUUGCAAUUUCCCGAACACCGGGCUUUGGGUAUCCGCUGAGGGAAGGAAUUGAAGUGUCAUUGAAGUGCGACGUCGACUCCAAUCCACCGAGUACGCCGGUGUGGCAGAAGGACGACGGGGACACACCGGUUCCACAACCUGGUGAUGGCUUCCUCAAUUUCACCUCCAUCCGACGAGAACAUUCGGGAUGGUACAAAUGCACUUCGAGACAUCUGAACUUUCAAUACUCCAGCAUUGGGUACUAUCUCAGUGUAAGAUACGAUUCGGUGGAUGUAACGUCGGAACCCAUUGAGCAGGAGAUGUCGAUAGCUGCAUCGCAUAACCCCUACAAGCCAGCCCAAUUGGAAGUUCAAUUAGGUGGCGCCGUUACAUUGCAAUGCCCUCAAGGAUCACUUGGGUGCUGGUCACAAUUGGAUCCUGUAACAGCACGCCUAAAGGGCCUUGGUGUGGGUCUUUCCACGCCAACGGGGCAAUCAAUGCUGAAGGAUGUGGUGUACCAGGAUGCCGGUGUGUACAAGUGCAUUGGUCAGAGUCCUGCGGCAAAAAAGAAGCUCGAAGUUCUCCACACCGUUGCUGUUGCUGUGAAAGGUCCUCCAACGGCUGUAGCGAGAAAUGCCACCCCCGUUGCAUAUCCUGGAUCACCACUCCAUCUAUCGGUUGAAUUUUGUGCAAACCCACCGGCUUUUGCCGCUAGAUGGCUACACGGGGAUCGUGUUUACACACCUGGAAAUCAAUAUGGAAUUGAUGUGCUUGCGUACGGCGUUAUCGACCUCCCAACGCCCUUCUGCAAAGAGGCCCGCCUAACGUACGUUCACAUGCACGAACGCGUUCCAAGGACCUUUUACUUCGUUGUGUCGUCACCAGGCGGCGUGGCGGAAGCAAUUUUCCGCGUGAACUUUACACUGAGGCACAAAACAAUGUCCAAUUCAGUGGAUGACGGUGACGACGAGGAGCUCAGCGAGCCGGAAGAAAUUCACUUUCCUGUUUUCGGUAGCACCAGCUGUCGUCCCAAUCCCUCCACCAUUCUCCUUCCACUCAUCCUCCUACCCGUCCUCCUAGCCCACAUCAUCCACUCCCUACGCCCUGUACAUACAACAUACCCAACAUAAAUUCCUCCCCACUCACCCCUCACACUCAUCCACAUGUGCGAUGUAAAAAGCUUCUCCUAUAUGCUACUUAUUCACUAAUUUUUUGUUUCCUUAAAAACACCCAAAAAAAAGCUUCAAAACAUUUCUACUCUAAGAUUAUAACUUGUGUACAUUUUUAUGCCAUCGUGGCAUAGGCUUAAAAAAUGAGAGAGAAUGCAAAAUGUUUCGCUAUAUAGAUAGGAUAAAAGGUGAAAAGUUCACCAAACCCUGUCUACUUUAACAAAACAAGAUGAAAAAAAAAUGCCAAAAAGUAUAUUAAACUCUAUGCAAUUAAUACUCUUUAAACUUACCUCUAUCCCUGUAUUUUACCUAUACCGUAUCUAAUUAAACUAGUCUAUAUUUAACUAUCUCAUAAGCUUCUGCAAAAUCAUCACACAUUUUUUUCUAACAACUAUCCUGUGGUUUCCAAAGGAAAACUGAAAAUUAGGUUAAAAAAAUGUUUAGAAAAAAAUUUUCGUAUUUUUUUUUGGUUUUAGAAAAUUAUCAAUUCAAGCAAUAGACUUUAAAAAUAAGGGAUGAAAUAUGGCUAGAAAGGAGAUUUCUCAAUGAAUUUUCAUGAUUAGGCUUGAUUUAUCAUUGGAUGAAAUUCAGUUGAAAGAGAAUCUUAAGAUUUCUUAAGAAAAACUUUAAAAAAAAUUGUAUUAAAAUUUCAAGAUUUCAAGCGAUUUUCGAGGGUUUCUUGGUCGCUGAAUUAGGCCGAAUAUUUGGUUUUCAGUCCUAAAACUACACAGAUUGAAGAACAAAACUUUUAAAAAAUCAUUAAAGCCUAAGAAAAAGGUAAAAUUCAACCCGGAAAGUUUAGUUAAUUAAUGCUAAAAAGUAGUAAACUGAAACCCAAAAAGAGACUAAAUUAAAACCAAAAAUUUCUAAAUACGUUUUUGGAUUUUUCCGGUUUUGAGUUGUUCGGUUUUUAGCAAAAGACGUUCAUGUGAAGUUAAAUAUGCAGAUCUUUGGAAAUAUUCGGAUGAUUAGCCUAAAAAACCAAAAUAUUUGUCAGAUAAAUACCCCUUGAUUUAACCACAUUCAGAUUGACUUAAAAAUCUAAGGUUUUGCUUAAGAAAAAAUGAGGAAAUCUUAAUUUUCUAUUGAGAAAUCUUAAGAAAACUUAUCAAAAUUAUAGAAAAAAUUAAGAAAUAUUAAGAAGAAAUAUUGAGAAAUCUUAAGUCUUUCUUAAAAUAUCCUAAGUCUGUCUGACUUGUGAAUUUCACCCAAUUAUCACAAAGUAUUUUUUUUUAUUUAUUUAGUUGAAAUGCUUUUACUGCGUCUUCUGUUCAAAAAUUCCGUGGCAAUUGAACUGAUUAAUGCUAGCUGCUAAUUACCAAUAAAAUCCUAAUUCUUCAUUGGAAGGAUUUUCGGUUAUAAAGCUCCUUUAAAAUUAAAUAAAAAUUUUUUUUAGUUCAAUUUUCAUUUAGCCAAAAAAAAAUAAAAUAAACUCUCAGAAAUGUUCUGAAUAUCAUUAUUUUCUAAACAUCUAACUGCCAUUGGAAACUGCCUAACAAUGAAAACUAUAUCCUUGCUAGUCCUUGUACUGAAGCUCCCUCUAUGAAAAUUUAUUCCUUUCCUGAAAGGAAUAAAAUAAAAUUCAAAAUGAAAAAAAUGAAAUUCCCAACGCAAAUAUUAGAAAUAAAAAAAAAAUAUUACAGAGAACAUUCCACAAAUGUCUUGCUUUUGCACAAUUCCCACAAAAAAUGUCCUUCUUCACCAUCUAUAAACACGGUGGAAUUUCACAUAAAGGAAUCCUUUCCCAGAGCUUUUUUCGCCCAAAAAAAAAUUGCUCUUGAAUAUGAGAAAAAAGUGAUUUUUCCCCUGUUUUAUUGCUCACAGAGACAUUCUCUUUGGUGCGAUGAAUUUCAGCUUUAUUUUAAAAGUGAAAAAAAAAUGUCUAUUUGAGAGUCCUUUUUCCUGAAAUUCAUGUCACUGACUAAAACGUUACAUAUAGCUCUAAAAGUGCACAUAAUAUGCAAAAUCCAUUAGACGGAUACUUUAUAAGAAGAAAAAAGAGAAUUUUCCAAAAGAGUGUCCACUUUUGUUGCAACUUCAAAAGACUUGGUUCUGAGGCUUUAGGAACUUACUCGAAUUAAUAUAGAAUGAAGAACUAAUAAAAAAAUUAAUGCGCAACGUGAAAUAAUGUGUAAAAAAAAUUGAGAAAAAUGUAUGAAGAAAAUUUCGAGGUGGAAAAGUUAAGUGUUAGGGAAUAAGGGAAAGUAACAUUUAAAAUGUGACGUAUAAUUUUUUAGCAGUUUUAUAAGAAGAUGAAAAAAUUGUAUAUGUACAUUUGAGGAGUAAAAAAAAACCUACAAUUAUGUAUAGAAAGACUUAGAUGCCAAACAAUAAGUGAAAAAAAAAAUAAAACGAGGUGAGUAUUGAAUUUUUUGUGUAUAAAAAGGAAAAAAAAAACUAAUAAUAUUAAUUAAAAAAAUAUAUAAUUAAAUAAAAUCGUUAACAUUCGCAGCAAAGAAAGAAAACCCUUCGCGAAAAUUAAUUGAAAACUCAUCGAUUGAGAAACCGCCAAUAUGCGAAAAAAAUCCCUUAAAACAAAUAAGGGCGAACAUCUCUAAUAUACAAUUUAAGUUUACUGGCCUAUCACCUUUAAGAGAAAAAAAAUAGUCACUGUGUAAGUUAAAAGCAAGAAAAAAGAAGAAAAAACAUGAAAACUUCAUCACUAUACCACAAAUCAAACGGAUUAUUCCCAAUAUUUAAAGACCUAGAAAAGCAUACAAAGAAAAAAAUGUUUAUGAAAAUUUACUUAAAUAGUUCACUGAGUAUUCGUAUAUACAGAAUGGAAAAGAAACUAAGAAAAAAAAAAUGGAUGAAAUGUUGCCUAGUCGUUUAAACAUUAAAGAAAAAACAAUUUUCAUUUUUAGCAAAAUAAAAAUUGUAAUGAACGAGAGUUAAUUAUUUGUGUAAAAAAAAAGUCUCAUGUAAUGUAAUGAGAAUUAAAAAAAAAUGUAAAACAUUCUUUUUGAGUCAGGCUGUAUUUCUGCUAUGGUACCUCAUUGUUGUAGCAUGUGGACAUGAAUGAAAAAAUGCGGAAAGUACCAGAGAAAAAAAUUAGAUUUAAACUAAAACUCUCUCCAACCCCCAACACGUUGUUACUUUCACUAUCUUUUAACAAAAAAAAUGCUUUCUUCUAUAUAGAAAAAAUCCAUCAACUUCUCUCAUUCAUACAGCACCUAAAGAAAUCUUUUAAAAAUCUAUUUUCGUUAAAUUUUAGUUAAGAGAAUUUAUAACGUAUGGUUUUUAAAACUUUUUGUUUUUUUUUUAUUUUAGUUUUACAUAAAAAUAAUUAAAAGAUUGUUUUAAUUUUAAUUAGGAAAUACAAAACAGAUAUGAUAAAUUAAAAAAAAAACAUAAAACAUAAAAGAAAAUAAGAUAAUCUAACUUUUUUUUUUAAAAAUUUCUAAACUUUUACAAUCUUAUUUGAUUUAUAAAAAAAAUUCAUAAAAUGGGAUGAAUCGGAUCAAUUUUCUUAAGUAUUUUUAACAUUAGAUGUUUAAAGAAAGCCGUUAGUUUCGAAUUCUUUAUUUUCUUAAUUUACAAUUAAUUUAUGCAAUAAUGCCUAUGAAUAAACUAUAGAAAAUCCGUAUAAGUAAAUUAUUCAAAUUAACGGAUAACUAACUAUAAAAACUGAAAACUGGAAACUAAAUUAAGAACCUGAAAAAAGCUUCUAAAUUUAUUUAAAAGGGAAAUAAGUCUAGAAACCUUUUUAAUUUUUUUAGGUUAGUUUUAAAUAAAAAAAAAAUAACCAAAAACUGUUGAGAAUCCGUUUAAAGUUGCUUUUAAAGAAACUUCUAAAAUUAGUUUAAUGGAAAAUAAGUCUAGAAAUCGGAAAAAUCGUUUAAACUUUAUUUUAGGGUUUUAUUUAAAAAUAAAAGGAACCAAAAUCUGUUACGAAUCCCUUUAAAGUUGACUUUACAAAUUAAUUUUUCAACAUUUUUAGUAACAACAUAAAUGGUCUCGAUUUCUGUAAAAUAAAAUUUAUCAAGGUAAGAAAUAAUUAACUAAAAAUAUCAAAACUGAAAAUAUCCGAUUCAUCCUAAUAUUAGGAUUAUCUAAAUUAGGAUCAAUUUUCGAAACGACAAAACUUAGGUAAUCAAAACUCCCAGAUUUUAUUUAUUUUUAUAUAAUUUUUAAAUUUGUUUUUUUUUUAACAAAAAGAGUUGGUCCGAUUCACCAAUUUAGCAGUAUUUAAAUAUUUAAUAAUAACUCAUUUUAACGAUUUUACUCAUUUAAAAGCAAUUCCAAAAUUAUUUUGGUUCAAGAACAGUUAGAUUCGCAAAUAAAAAAAAACCUUUAAGUAUUAAACUUUUUAUUUCCAAAAUUAUAUAUUUUUUAAGAAGAUCUUUCCUAGAUUUUUUAAAUUCUUCCCUAUAUUAACGUUGUUUUACUUACAAACCUUUUAUUUAUAUUUUCAAAAACUUUACAAAAUAAAAUAAAAAUCAUAUUUAGUUACUAACGUUUUGUACAAAACCUCACUGUUUUUGAUAAUUCAACUUUAUUUUCCAAAUUAAAUUCAAACCAAAAUACAAAACAAAUAUAUUAACCCAUCUGUCUCUCCCUCUAUCUCAACUUCAUCAUCAAAUCAUCCUCUUCAGAAUACCCCGCGCGAUCCCUCUUAGAUAAAUCACACAAAAAGGCCAAAUUAAAUUUAUAAAACAAAUUUUACAAGACGACACAAUAAACGGUGCUAAAUGUAACCCAAAUAAUGAAGAUGAAAAAAAAAGAAAAACAUUCUUUUAGGUGGAGGAAGAAGCUUGUAAGACGAUUUAAUUGGAAAAUCUUAUGAGAAUGUUCUAUUUAGCGAAUAAGAGGAAACAAUUUGGAUAAUUCGGUUAUUUUUUUUGAAAACAAAAAACAAGUGGAAUUAAGGAGAGAAAAAUAUAUAUAAAAUAUAUAUAAAAAUGGAAGAAAAUACCAACAUCUGGCAUUAAAAUAUGGAGUAAAAAAGGGACGAGGUAGAAGAAAAAUUUUCAAAUGAAAACGAUGAGUAGCUUAAAAGUCAUUAUCAAAACCAUCCAUUAAGUAAAUUUAAAAUAUAUAUAAAAAAUGAACAAAAAUUAUGUAUUUGAAGGAAGUUCCACCAAAAAAAAAACACGUAUAAGAGGAAGACAAAAGGAAAAAAAAAACAAGAGGAAAAAUAUAGUUUAUCAAUGAGAUUUAUGUUAAAUGUAAUAUCCUUAAAAAUGUAAAUUUAUUAUAUAAAAUAAAAAUAUAAAACAAAUGAGA